ACAUGCCCCUUUAAAAGUGAAAUUCUGCAGGCGAACAUACCAGUCGUACAAGAGCAGAACACAAUAAGCACAGAGACAAAAUGGGGGGGAUUAAUUGGGGAUUAAGGAACUUUGAAACUGUGAUUAAGACAUUCAAACUGUGGAGGGCAGCAGAGGCAUUACACCUCUGCUGGAAAUGUUGAGAGGAAGAAGAAUCCAGAAGAAGGCGACAAAUGAAAUUAUCCUUAGCUCAAAAGAAUAAAAAAAAAAAAAAUACGACAACAAAAAAUGUCACUGAUGAUGGUUGUGUAGGAGUUUCCUAAUUCCAGAAGAAGGCAGUAAUGCAACAUCAUGGAUGGAAGCUGCUGUAAAACCAUUAUGUAUAUAACCUGUAUAACCCUUGUUCUGUCCGUUAUUUCUUUAACAAAAUGCAAACAGUUUAUUGUCUCUGUCAGCUUUCGCUAAUACGUACAAAAACAUGCAAACAUUUGUAAAGACUUGAAACUCUUUAUGUACGUCAUUCUGUACAGAUAAGGGCAAAAGUUGAUCUAAGCAGCAAAGUGGGGGAAAAAAAGUAAGCAAAAACAUGGAAAAAUAAAACAAAAUAUGGGGGUUAAUCCACAAAGUGAACCAGCUGUAAUACAUUUUGUAAUUCACUUGCUUCACGGGAAAAAAUAACCCAUUUUCUUCAAUUCAAUCCACAGUGUAAUUGUUACAUAAUGGGACAGUUUGAUGUUGCAGUGUGCUACUGUUUCCCUACCAGUCCCAUCUGUUUCCAUGGCAACCCGGACACAGAAGCUCGCCCGACCCAAACUCAACCAACUCCGAUUUCCAGACCGUCGUUCCGUUUACUGGCUGGAUGAGCUGCCUCACGAGAAGAUAGGACCCACCACUAGAAUUGAAUUAACUCCUCGCUGGUCUGAGUUGUGCAGAAGUAAAAAGCUCUACACUCAAGCUGCGCGUUCUCCCAUAUGGGAGGUGAGUGAAUGGGCACUCAGGGCCGUUCCGUCCAAGCGCGUGUGUAGUCUGGCUCAACCUCGAGGCCCUGCAGCAGGCUGGAAGCCAGACCGCCCACUGACGGCUCCUAUGAACGGAGGGACGCGGACGAUCGUGGCUACGGCACGGAUCUGUCAGCUUUCCCAGCCGAAGAGAAGGCCGGCUCUGGAGGACUCUGACCACAAAUCAAAACCCGUACCUUUGACCAACCUCCCGAGCAAAGCAUCGGCUCACAUAGAGCUACUUUCAACCCCUAAGCAGGACCACUCCAAGUUCGGUGGGGAGCGCUCAGUGUGCUGGCCCGUCUCCAAAGCAGCAAGAAGCUACGUAGCCAGCCAGAGACUUCUCGAGAUUUCCACCCCAAAAGAGCGGAAGGCUUUGUUUGAAGGAUAUGACCCGUACACCGUUAGUCGGGCAGCGCGCUCAGCCAGCCCUUCACCACGUAUAUAUCAGCUUUCCACGCCGCUGCCUCGCAAGUGUAGCAUGAAGUAGGACAGAUGACACUCGAUGUCCUUCUGAGUAGUCAAUGAUGUAGAUAUACUAAAUUGUAAUCAUAGAUAGUCAUAAUUUAAUUUCAGAUAUCUCCAUACACGUGAAUGGAAAUGGUGAUGUCAUUCGUCCCAGGAAGAAUGUCACCAUGGACAUCUGACAUGUUCGUUUUGUCUAGGAAUGGAUUAAUUUUAGAUAUGUGACUCUACCAAGACUGUCUUGUUAGGUGGAGACAGUGCAGGAGCACCACAAGAGGGCAGCACCAUCACAAGAUCUGACUCCCCUCAGCAUCUAAAUCUCUGCUUCCUUCUCUGUAACCUCAUCUGAAUCUUGCCAUCCUCUGGCUUCUAUUAGACCCCACUGAGAUCAUUCACUCCGUCACCUUUUUCCUCAAAGUGUGUGAUUGUUAACAACGUGACACCUUCAUACACCUCAGUGCUGCAGAACUUUUUCUUCCUCCUGUUUGGUGGCUACCUAUCCCCUGCUGUUUGAUACCAUGUGUCAUAUGUAAAUGUAUUUGAUAAUUGUUUUCCCUUGUAAAUGUUUCCUUGAGUUUAAGGACUUUGAAUCAACUUGCUGUUGACAUGCUGUACAAAAUCUUUGCUUUGUUGAAAUCUUUUGCUAAUAUUGAGUGGAUUUAAAUGAAACAAUUUGUGUUUGUGAUUGUUUUCUGUCUAAAAAGCAUUAGCACUA